CGGCAACUUCGUACAAAUGAGCAGAUCAUAGCGACACAUAUUCACAAUAGACUCAAGUUGUUAAGAUCGUUAGGUUUCAAGUAUACGGUACAAAAACUGUAUUUACAGUAGUUUAGACAAUAUUCCAUCGAUAAAUUUCGUUUAAUUAAUUACAAAUCAUUACUGAGGAAGUACUAUCUUGAGACAAUUGACAACGGAAUAUCACAAGAAACUGUUAUAAAGAAAUGGCGUUAAUAGAUCAGUUAUUUCCAAACGUUCACAGUGCUUUAGAAACGAUAUCUAAACAAGAAAAUUUUACUGAUUUCGUGAUAACUUACUGCGAUAAAAUAGAAAAAGGACAAGGUUUUAUGGGGGACGUUUUUUUCUUGAACAUACAGGAUAAAAACAGUAAUAAGAAAUUGGAAUUGGUCGUGAAGCAGUCAACAGAUUCGGAGUAUGUUAGGAAUAAUAUACCGAUACAUAUUCUAUAUAAUAAUGAGAGUAAUUUUUACGAGAAAAUUUGGCCGACAUUUAUCGAUUUUCAGAAAGAAAAUUUAAAAACAUUGAUAUUCAAUAAUUUACCGAAGUGUUAUGCAACAGAUCUAAAACCAGGGAACGAAUUUUUAAUAUUAGAAAAUUUAAACAAGAAUAAUUUUUCUAAUAUAGACAAAAAUCACUUUUUCAACAGAGAGCAGGCUGAAUACAUCCUUAUAAAAUUUGGUCAAUUUCACGGUCUGUCGUUUGCGUAUAAAAAUAAAUAUCCAAAAGAAUUUUCAGCAUUGAGCCAAGUAUUAAUACCUUACUGGAUGAUACUGUCAAACAUAGAUUUAUUCCAAAGCUUAAUGAAGAAAGGUUUUACCGAAUGUUUACGGUAUUUAGAUCCCUCCACUGAUUUAAAUAUCAUAGAAAAAAUUAAGGGAUAUGUGGAAAACGGGGUAGCUAUAUUCCAAAAUUCUGUUACAUACAAUGGAAACAACGGUGUUAUCUUACAGGGAGAUUGUUGGAGUAAUAAUAUAUUUUUAAAAUAUAAUAAUAUAGGAAAAUUAGAAGAUAUGAAAAUGAUCGACUUUCAAAUAUCAAACGUUGGUUCCGUUGUACACGAUUUAUCAUACUGUUUGUAUGCAGGUGGUAGUAAAGAAAUUUUCGAUAAUUUCAAUCACUACCUUAAAAUUUACCACGAAAGUUUAAGCGAUACCUGUUUAAAAUUCAGUUGUCCGAAUUUCAUAUCGUUAGACGAAUUGAAAGAAGAAUGGAAAAAUUAUGGACGGUGUGGAUUCAUACUUGGGAUAAUAUUAAUCGACAUCAAAUUAUCGGAAAAUGUUUCGUUAGAUGACAUGGCAAAAAUGAAUGAUGAGGGCGUACAAAACUUUAGUCAAGAUGAUGCCCAAACUAUCAAAAGAAAAUUAUUGGAAUUAGUUAACCACAUGUUUGAAAAUGAUUUUUUGUAAUUAAUACAUUUUAAUAGAUUAAUUAUAUAUUAAUUAAUAUAACCCUGUUGUUGGAGGCUACAAGCUAUAAGCAAAAAGGCUGAAAUUUUUUUUACAAGUUGACUAAUUUAUAUAAGAAAAACUUCAGAAGUCUAUCGAUUUCUCAUUAUUUCAGUCUGUGAUGAAAAUAGAGGAAAAUAAAAAAUAUUACACUGUAGGGUAUGGAGUUUUUUUCGAUAAAAAAAAGGUCCCUUACAAUUAUAUUCUAAAAGCUUAUGACCCUGAUAACUGUGAAAAUUUUCUUCAACUCUCAAAUAAGUCAAGUGAUGAUGAAUUCGAAAGUGAAAAAUCAGAUUCCAAUUCCAAAAUAAUUCUGGAAAUUUUUUUUGACUCUGAGAAAUCGAUAGACUUCUGAAGUUUUUCUUAAAUCAAUUAGUACACUUUAAAAUACUUGUAAAAAAGGUUUCAAUGUUGUACUACGAUUUUUCAUUCUAAUUAUGCCGUUUCCUUUCCAGGAGACCUUUCCCUUUCCUCCUAUAACUGUUAUCUUUAUUCCUUCACAUAUUUUUCUCUUUUUCAAUCCCCUUUAUAGUGGGGAUAAUUUUAGCAUAAAAUGUAUAUUAAUUGAGUUUAAGAUCACUUUCCAUUUGUAGACACUGUAAUAUUUGUAAGACAAUUAAGAUUAUCCCAAAUAAAUUGUAAUUAUAAUAUCAAUAUCACUUAAUUCUAAUAGCAAAUA